GUCCCGGUUACCAUGGUAGCAGCGGCAGGCACAACUUCGCACCCUCUGACCUCUCUCCAAAAGUCCUUGUCCCACCUGGGUUUCCUUCCUCGCCCGCGCUUGCCUUUAUGAUCUGUAAAGCUGCUCAUCAUCGCUCCCACAAGGAAUUUGGGCCCCAGCAAGGUGGCGCCCAGAACUCUUCAGACCGCUACCCGCCCCUCAAGACGUCUGGCACUGCCCUCAGUGUAGACCAGCAAGUCGACUUCAUUCCCCGGAGGCGCAGUCCAGUCUUUCCACUAAGGUCCAACCUUGUGGCGGGGUAAAUUAGCUUCGGCGCGCCCACGCCCCUCUGUCCCAGAUGGUAGACCCGCCCUCCGCGCCCCCGCCCCCUCCAGGUGAGUGAUAGGUUCCCUCAGCGCGCAAGGUGAUGACACACGCCCCCCCUCCUCCGAGAGCGACUUGGUAGCGUCCGUGACGAAGUUCGCUCGAUCCUCCCACGCGCGCCUCCUUGCUCGCCGCCGCUGCGCCCUCUUGGUGCCAGUGAGUCUCACGUGCGGAGAGUCCGGCCCGCUGCGUCUUUUCGCCUCGCUCCAGAAGGAAGCGGCGGUGUUUCCUUCGCCUUCCACCCAGGCCGCAGGCGAACUCGGCCGGCCCGCCCGUGACGUCACCGCCUAGCCCCGCCCCCUCCUGGGUCCCAGGCCCCUGCGGCGGGGGUUGCCCGGGGGGGUGGGGGGGAGUCAGUUGAGGCGGCAGGAUCUCGGUGGAGGGUGGGCCAGGUGACUGGUCCAGGCCAUGCCGAGAAAGAAGCCCUUCAGCGUGAAGCAGAAGAAGAAGCAGUUGCAGGACAAGCGGGAGCGGAAGCGAGGGCUCCAAGAUGGGCUGCGAUCCAGCUCCAACAGCCGCAGCGGGAGCCGGGAGCGGCGGGAGGAGCAGACCGACACCUCGGACGGAGAGUCCAUGACCCACCAUAUCCGCAGGCUCAACCAGCAGCCUUCCCAGGGGCUGGGCCCUCGGGGCUACGAUGCGAACCGAUACCGGCUGCAUUUCGAGCGAGACAGCCGGGAGGAGGUGGAAAGGAGGAAGAGAGCAGCCCGAGAGCAAGUGCUACAGCCUGUCAGUGCUGAGCUGCUGGAACUGGAUAUCCGAGAGGUCUAUCAGUUUGGCUCAGUCCUGGACUUUCCCCGUCGUCCUCCUUGGAGCUAUGAGAUGUCCAAAGAGCAGCUAAUGAGCCAGGAGGAACGGAGCUUCCAGGAGUAUCUUGGGAAGAUUCAUGGAGCUUACUCCUCUGAGAAACUCAGCUACUUUGAACAUAAUCUGGAGACGUGGAGGCAGUUGUGGCGCGUGUUGGAGAUGUCUGACAUUGUCUUGCUUAUCACUGAUAUCCGACAUCCAGUUGUGAAUUUCCCACCAGCACUUUAUGAGUACGUGACUGGAGAACUUGGGUUGGCCUUGGUCUUGGUCCUGAACAAGGUGGAUCUAGCCCCACCAGCUCUCGUGGUUGCCUGGAAGCAUUAUUUUCAUCAACACUAUCCUCAACUCCACAUAGUCCUUUUUACCUCUUUCCCUCGGGACCCCCGCACCCCACAGGACCCUAGUAGCGUGUUGAAGAAGAGUCGGAGGCGGGGGAGAGGAUGGACUCGGGCCCUGGGGCCAGAGCAGUUGCUGAGAGCCUGUGAAGCCAUCACUGCAGGGAAAGUGGACUUAAGCAGCUGGCGGGAGAAGAUUGCUCGAGAUGUGGCUGGGGCCACCUGGGGAAAUGGCUCUGGGGAGGAGGAGGAGGAAGAGGAUGGGCCUGCAGUGCUGGUGGAACAGCAGACUGACUCAGCAAUGGAGCCAACCGGCCCGACCCAGGAGCACUACAAAGACGGGGUGGUGACCAUCGGCUGUGUGGGUUUCCCUAAUGUGGGCAAGUCCUCACUGAUCAACGGGCUGGUGGGUAGAAAGGUUGUGAGUGUCUCCAGAACCCCCGGCCACACCCGAUACUUUCAGACCUACUUUCUCACCCCCUCUGUGAAGCUCUGUGAUUGCCCUGGACUCAUAUUCCCAUCCCUUCUUCCCAGGCAGUUACAGGUUCUGGCAGGGAUCUACCCCAUUGCCCAAAUCCAGGAGCCGUACACCGCUGUGGGCUACCUGGCCUCUCGAAUCCCUGUGCAGGUCCUGCUCCACCUGCGCCACCCAGAGGCCAAGGAUCCCUCAGCAGAACACCCCUGGUGUGCCUGGGACAUCUGUGAAGCCUGGGCAGAGAAGCGUGGUUAUAAGACAGCUAAGGCAGCCCGGAACGAUGUGUACAGAGCAGCCAAUAGCCUCCUACGACUGGCACUGGAUGGCCGCCUCAGCCUAUGUUUUCAUCCCCCGGGCUACAGUGAACAGAAAGGCACUUGGGAGUCCCAUCCAGAGACCACAGAGCUGGUGGUUUUGCAGGGCAGGGUGGGGCCAGCAGGUGACGAGGAGGAGGAAGAAGAAGAAGAGCUGAGCAGCUCCUGUGAGGAGGAGGGAGAGGAAGACCGGGAUGCAGAUGAGGAGGGGGAAGGGGAUGAGGACACCCCAACUUCAGCUGCAGGAGCCAGCCUGGCUGCCCGAAACCCUUAUGCCCUACUGGGUGAGGACGAGUGCUGAGUCCCUACCCUGUGCCACCUGCUCCACCCAGUAUCUCUGCUUUUGGACUGACCUGGGGGUACCUCCCCUCUGCCGCCCCAAUUGUGAAUAAAGAUUGUCUGCUUUGUAGCCCC